UUAGGCCCAACCCAAAAUGUUUGCAUACCUUAAAUGGAAAACCCAAUAAAGCAAUGGAACGAUCGUAGAUUAGUAUAUAUAUUUACAUACCAACUACCAUAGUUUCUCAAUUUGGUCUAGUGUUUAUUUAUAUUUUAUGGUUGAACAAUUUCUCUGUUAUAAAUUACACAGCAGCAUGAGUGUGAAGACCGUUGACCAAUGAAUAAAAGGUUUCUACAAAAUGUCCUUUUUGCCCCUUUGGAUUCGUCGUUACUCCCCUCCAACUUCCAUCUCAAAAGUAAAGCUUUCUUGAUCCACAAGCUUUCAGAAUCUACCGACCUCUUUCUCACGAACUCAUUGCAAAGUUCAAUUCUCAAACUUGGCUUCGCGAGCGACACAUUCACAAUAAAUCGCCUCAUAAACAGCUAUGUUAAGCUCAGAGAAACCAACACUGCACGCAAGCUGUUCGACGAAAUGCCUGAACCAAACGUCGUUUCCUGGACUUCGGUUAUCUCCGGUUUUAACGACACGGGUCAACCUCAAACUGCUCUGUCUAUGUUCCAGAAAAUGUAUCAAGACAAAUCCGUAGCUCCCAAUGAGUUCACGUACGCGAGUGUCUUCAAAGCCUGCUCUGCUUUGGCAGAAUCAAGAAUCGGGAAAAGCAUCCACGCCCGUCUCGAGAUGUCCGGGCGGAGAAGCAACACCGUGGUGAGCUCCUCUCUUCUUGACAUGUAUGGCAAAUGCAACGACGUGGAAACCGCUAGACGGGUUUUCGAGUCAAUGAUUGGGUGUGGGAGAAACGUUGUCUCUUGGACAUCGAUGAUCACUGCUUACGCGCAGAACGCUCGUGGACAUGAAGCUAUUGAGUUGUUUAGAACAUUCAACGCUGAUACGACGUCGUUGGAUAGACCGAAUCAGUUUAUGCUGGCUAGUGUUAUUAGUGCCUGCUCUAGUUUAGGUAGGCUACAAUGGGGUAAAGUUGCUCACGGUGUAGUUACUCAUGGUGGUUAUGAAACGAACCAUGUGGUUGCCACGUCGCUUCUAGAUAUGUACGCGAAGUGUGGGUCUUUAAGCUGUGCAGAGAAGAUCUUCUUGAGGAUUAGCCGUCACUCUGUGAUCUCGUACACGUCUAUGAUCAUGGCAAAGGCAAAGCACGGACUUGGAGAAGCCGCGCUUCAGCUUUUCGACGAGAUGGUUGCGAAGAGAAUAAGGCCUAACUAUGUAACGUUACUCGCCGUGUUACACUCUUGUAGCCAUUCGGGUUUAGUCGCUGAAGGCCUAGGGUACUUGAACUCAAUGGUUGAGAAGUACGGUGUGGUUCCUGAUCCGAGGCAUUACACUUGUGUUGUUGACAUGCUUGGAAGAUUUGGCCGUGUUGAUGAGGCUUACGAAAUGGCGAAAACUAUAGAAGUUGGAGCAGAGCAAGGUGCGCUCUUGUGGGGAGCUCUUCUCUCAGCUGGUAGGUUGCAUGGAAGAGUUGAUAUUGUUUGCGACGCUAGCAAACGGUUAAUACAAUCGAAUCAGCAGGUGACGAGCGCGUACGUUGCAUUAUCUAAUGCUUAUGCUGUAGCUGGAGGAUGGGAAGAUUCAGAGUCUCUUCGUUUAGAGAUGAGACGUGGCGGAAAUGUGAAAGAGCGAGCUUGUAGCUGGAUUGAGAUUAAGGAUUCGGUUUAUGCUUUUCACGCUGGGGAUUUGUCGUGUGAUGAGAGUGGUGAGGUUGUGAGGUUUAUGAAGGAUCUGGAGAAGAGAAUGAAGGAGAGAGGACACAGGGGAAGUAGUAGUAUGAUGACAAGUUCAUCGGUUUUUGUUGAUGUUGAUGAAGAAGCUAAAGAGGAAAUUGUGAGUUUGCAUUGUGAGAGAUUGGCUUUAGCCUUUGGAUUGAUACAUUUGCCUGAAGGAUCGACGAUUAGGAUUAUGAACAACUUGAGGAUGUGCAGAGAUUGUCAUGAGGCUUUCAAGCUGAUCAGUGGGAUUGUGGGGAGGGAAAUUGUUGUUAGAGAUGUGAAUAGGUUUCAUUGCUUUAAGGAUGGAUCUUGUAUUUGCCGUGAUUUUUGGUGAAUUUCUUUAACAUUUUUUUUUAACUUUUUUGUUCUUUAUCCACGUGACCUUGCG